UCAACUUAUAGACUCUUUGAGAAGCUGCAGAGUUUCAGCCACUGUCUAGAGGCUCUUUGGGACCCCCUUCCUUUUAGGUGGGGCCAGCAGACUCCGGGAGCCAUGUGGCCCUGUUACAAAGAUGAACAGGAAUUCAACGCUCACCUGGUUUGCCGCAUGUGCUGCAUGGAUGAGCGGGACCGGGUUCAGAAGAAAACGUUUACCAAAUGGGUCAACAAGCACUUGAUGAAGGUCCGUAAGCACAUCAAUGAUCUUUAUGAAGACCUGCGGGAUGGCCAUAACCUGAUCUCUCUGCUGGAGGUCCUCUCAGGCAUCAAACUGCCUUGAAAGAAGGGCAGG